CCGCGCGGCCUCCCAGCCGGGGGGUGCGAACAACAAAGCCGGGAUGAGGCGUCCUCCUCAGGAAGCGCCGGUCUCCGGUGAGGAAUAAGAAUCACAACAAGCACAGGAUGCGCGCAAGCGAGCGCCUUAGGUCCGGGGGCAGGGCCAGGCGUCGGAGGGCGGCAGCGGGCGGGAGAGCCAUCGCCCCCCGCACCCCGCUCGGGACCGGACGGGCACCAAGCCUGCGGAACGGCCCGACGUCCCCGAGGUCCGCGGCGGCCUGAGCCCGGACUGCCCUCCGCGGGGGCGGCCUGAGCCCGGACUGCCCUCCCCGGGGGCGGCCUGAGCCCGGACUGCCCUCCCCGGGGGCGGCCGUCCCCGUCCGACGACCGACCAGCGGCCCGGUCCGUCCCCCCCCGUCGGGGGCAUGGGGGCCGCCCUCCCUCCCGCGGGACCGGUCCCUCUGGGCGCGCUGGCCCUGCUGGCCCUCCUGGCCCUGCCGUCGGGGGCCGGGGCCGGGGCCGGGGCCGGGGCCGGGGCCGGCGAGGGAGCCGUGGUCUGCGCCGGCACGGCCUGCUACACGGCCCACUGGGGCCGGGUGGACGCCGACGAGGCCCAGCGGCGCUGCAGCCACAACGGGGGCAACCUGGCAUCGGUGCGCGACGAGAAAGAGCAGGAGAAGCUGCAGGCCGCCCUGACCCAGCUGCUGGCCGCCGGGCCGGACCAGCCCGAACGCGCCAAGUUCUGGAUCGGACUGCGGCGGGCCAAGGGCUCCUGCGGGAACGCCGACGGCCCUCUGAGGGGCUUCAGCUGGGUGGGCGGCCCGACGGGGGCCGGUCCGGACUAUGCCAACUGGUACAAGGAGCCCAAGACCUCGUGCGUGGGCCAGCGCUGCGUGACCCUGCUCCUGGAGCCCGACCGGACCAGCCCGUCCAAGUGGGUGGACGGUCCUUGCGGGAGCGCCGCCAAACCCGGCAGCCGGCUGGAGGGCUACCUCUGCCGCUUCAGCUUCCAGGGCAUGUGCCCGCCGCUGGUCCUGGCGGGGCCGGGACGCGUGGUCUACACCACCCCCUUCGGCCCCCGCGGCUCCGUCCUGGAGGUCGUGCCCAACGGGUCCCAGGCCCGGGUGGACUGCGGCGAGGAGCCGUCGGGGGUCCCGAGCUACACCGUCUGCCGGGCCCGGGGCGCGGGCGCCUUCGGCUGGGACCUCUCCGGCCCUCUGUGCGCCUCGGCCCAGCACGGCUGCUCCUACAACCGGGGCGGCUGCGAGCAGGAGUGCCUGGAGGGCGGCGAAGGCUCGUUCCGCUGCGGCUGCCGCCCGGGCUACCGGCUCCGCGACGACCUGGUCAGCUGCGCCCCGCGGGACCCGUGCGAAGGGCCCGGGCCCGGGCCUUGCCACCAACCUGCCCGCUGCGUGCCCGGUCCCCGGGGCCCCGAGUGCCGCUGCCCCCCUGGCUUGGCGUCCAGCCCCGACGGCCGCGGCUGCCUGGACGUGGACGAGUGCGCCGGGGCCUCCCCGUGCGCCCAGCUCUGCACCAACACCGACGGCUCCUUCGUCUGCUCCUGCCUCCCGGGCUACGAGCCCGCCGGCCAGCGCGGGGCCCACUGCCUCGACGUGGACGAGUGCCGGCGAGGUCGACCUUGCCCGGACCUCUGCUUCAACCUGCUGGGCUCCUACCGCUGCGGCUGCAGGCCCGGCUGGCACCUGGGCCCCGACGGCCUCUCCUGCCUCGCCAACGGCGCCGGCCGGGGCCGAGAGGGGCCGCCGGACGCCGGGGUCCCGGGAGAGGAAGAGAAGGAAGAAGAGGAGGAGGAGGACGGGAAGGAGGUGGUGGUGGAGGAGAAGGAAGAGGUGAUGGUGGUGGUGGAGGAGAAGGGAGAGGUGAUGGUGGUGGUGGAGGAGAAGGGAGUCACAGAGAGUGCCACUGCAAAGGCCCCUUCCCCCUCCCCCUCCCCUUCCCCCUCGCCUUUCCUUUCCCCCUUUCCCUCCUUCUCUCCCCCUCCGCCCUCCCCCGGGGUUGGCAGAGCCCACCACGUGCCACCCACUUGGGGAAGACCCUCCCGCCAGCCCCACCCGCCCACCAGCCGAGCCCCCGGGCCCUCCCCCACCAGCAGCAGCAGCAGUAGGGGGGUCUCGGGGACCCCAGGGACCCAGGCCUCCCCCAGCCCCGACCGGCCGGCCGGGAGAACCCCCUUCGGGACUGCGGGCAGCGGGGCUGGCACGGGUGCCCUGGGGGAGCAGGGCGAUGGCUCGAGGCUGCUCCUCUUCUGCAUCCUGGGGGUCGUGGCCGUCAUCCUGCUGCUGCUGGCCAUCGCCCUGGGGGUGCUGUUCUCCCGCAGGAGGAAAGCCAAGAGGGCGGAGGUCAAGACCCCACCCAGCGCCACCGACAACUACUCCUGGGUUCCUGAGAGGGCCGAGGGCAGGGCUGUAGAGAAUGAGUACAGGUAAAGCCGGGAGGCCCUCCUGGAGGAGGAAGGCGGGGUUGGUUGGGCGCGGG